AUGACGACCGGUAUACCUACUCAUCCGGUUCCUGUUCCGCCGGCAGACGUUUUGGCCAUUUCCAUAGCGUCUCGCAUUCCAGACUUCUGGGGCGACCAACCCCGCGUAUGGUUCAUACGAGUUGAGGCUGUACUAGCUCCACAAAAAUUGGGGGAUGACGCGAAGUUUGAUUUGGUAGUAUCUAAACUACCCAAAGAUGUAAUUAUGCAGUUGAGCGACUUUUUAACAAAACCUCCCGAGACCGGAAAGUUUUUGGCGCUGAAAACGAAAUUAUUUACGUUGCUCGAAGAUUCGAAGACAAGACAAAUAGAGAAGCUCAUCGGCGAAAUGGAAUUGGGCGACCAAAAGCCCUCGCAGCUCCUUCAUCGCAUGAGAGACUUGGCUCGAGAUAAAAUACCGGAUGACACACUAAGAGUAUUAUGGCAAGGUCACUUACCUUCGACCGUGCGAGCAGUGUUAGUUGUAUCGGAGACCAAGGAUUUAGACAAUUUGGCCGUCAUCGCCGACAACGUUGCAGAGGCUACGCGUAUGAACCAGGUAUCAGCGGUCGGGCAGAAACCUACAGCCCACGAGCAGCCUGAAGAUUCUGUCACCAUAGCUACUAUUGCGGCUGAACUGGCAAAGAUGAAUGCCAGGUUGACGAACAUGGAGCGUUCGAGGUCAAGGAUGAGGCAAGAUGGCUACCGUCACCGUCAGGCUUCAAGAUCGUCGUCGAGACGUCGAGUGCCCGGCGCAGCUAAUCGGCUGUGCAGUUACCACUUCCGCUACCGUCAUCGGGCUCAUAGGUGCAUUCCACCAUGUGCGUGGAAAUCGAAGCCUGCUGUGGAAGGAAACACGAACGACAGGGCGAGGUCGGAAAACUAG